AUGUUCGUCGGCAAACUUCUACCCUUUAUCGGCCUGCUACGUGCUGCCUCCGGUACACCUGUUGAUAGGCUGCUGGACCGCCGCGAUGUGGUGGGCCAUGACACUCUGAACCCUCUUCCGCAGAGAGUUCAGGACAAUUACAGUGGCGCAGCCAUUGCGAGAUUCAACCCCCUUCUCCAUAUUGCGAGUGGGUGCCAACCGUACACCGCCGUCGACGAUGCGGGUAAUAUCAGUGGCGGAUUGAAGCCCAGCGGUAAAUCCGACGGUGGCUGUAGGGAUACCUCCAAGGGACAGACCUACGCCAGAAUCGGACAGUACAACCAGAGAUGGGCAAUCAUGUAUGCAUGGUACUGGCCCAAAGACCAGCCACUCGAUGGUGUAUCCACCGGCGCGCAUAGGCACGACUGGGAGAAUGUCGUCAUCUUCAUCAACGACCCCUCCGACGCGAACCCGACGAUCCUUGGCGGAGGAGCUUCUGGACAUGGCCAGUACAAGGAGUCAGAUUUCCUGCCGCGCCAGGGUGAUAGCGUGAAGGUGGAAUACUUCGCCGAGUUUCCCACCAACCAUGAGCUGCAGUUUACUAGCACAGUGGGCAGAACUUAUCCGGUUCUCGAUUGGGAUGUUAUGACCCCAGCCAUGCAGAACGCCCUUAACAAUGCAGACUUUGGGUCCGCCGACGUUCCGUUCAAGGACGCGAACUUCAUCUCGAGCCUUGGCAACGCUGCAAACUUCUAG